AACAUUAAAGAAGAUAUACAUGUUGGACCCUUAGAAAUAUCUCAACAAGAAAUCUUUGAUCAAUUUAUUGAAGAUAAUAAGAAUAUUUGUGCACUUAGUCAAACAAAAAUUGGUCAUACCACUCUUUUUCAACAUCAAAUACCAACUGGAGAUCAUGAACCAAUUACAAGUCCUGCAUAUCGUUUAAAAGAAAACGAUGAAUCUUAUAGAGAAGCAUUUAUAGCUACAAUUAAUGGAGUAUCAAGUUUUUCAAAAUAUUCCAAAGAUAGUAUUGAUGAAGAAAUCGAAUGGUACUCAUCAAGUAACAAUUCUUCAACUAACAAUGAUAAUAUUUUAAGUGAUGAGGAAUG